GCUUUCCCUGUAGUCUGUGGAAUUGCCAGCAUUCCUGUCAAACCUGUUCACGAGUGAACGUGUCACUCGUCAUCCCCCGGAACUCUCAUAUUUUAACCUCUUUUAAGUUAUCUCAUCCGACAAAUUUCAGCUUUAAUUUGAACAAAUUUUAUCUCUAGACGACAUAUAGAAUGUCUGCCCGAGCCAUUUGGGAAGCGACGGGCAAGGACUUGAUCAACCGGAAUUUAAAUUACUCUAACGGUGUGGCCAAAUGUCGUUUCGCUGUCUAUGACCAAAGUGUACCAUGGAACCAACUUGUCGAACAGGAGCCUUGGCUACAAACAGAGAAACUUGUGGUGAAGCCGGAUCAGCUCAUCAAACGACGCGGUAAAUUGGGUCUCAUCAAGGUCAAUGUAGGGCUGGCCGAAGUCCAGCAGUGGGUUGACGAGCGGAUCGAUAAAGACGUUCAGGUGGGCAAGGCGACUGGCAAACUGCGUCGUUUUAUUAUCGAACCGUUCGUUGCACAUAAAGACGAGGAAGAAGCUUACGUCUGCAUUUAUUCUGAACGCAAUGGUGACGUCAUUCUCUUCCACCAUCAAGGAGGGGUAGACAUUGGCGAUGUAGACGAAAAAGCUCUGCGCCUGUCCGUGGAGAUCGAUAGUAAACCCAGCCAGGAACAAAUAUCAAGCGGUUUAUUGGUUAACGUUACCGAUGCUGCCAAAAAAGAGCGAGUUGCAGAAUUUAUCGUUGCGCUCUACGAUGUCUACGUCAAUCUCCAUUUUACCUAUAUGGAAAUUAAUCCGUUGGUGGUGACGGAUGAUGGUGGAGUAUUCAUGCUGGAUCUGGCGGCCAAGAUCGAUGCCACGGCCGAUUUUCUGUGCCGCACCAAGUGGGGAGAUAUUGAAUAUCCACCUCCUUUCGGCCGCGACGCCUACCCCGAAGAGGCUUACAUCGCUGAUUUGGACUCGAAGAGUGGCGCUUCUUUGAAAUUAACAAUUUUGAACAGGGCCGGUCGAAUUUGGACCAUGGUGGCCGGCGGUGGUGCUUCGGUCAUCUACUCAGACACCAUUUGCGACCUGGGCGGAGCUAACGAAUUGGCCAACUAUGGCGAAUACUCUGGUGCUCCAUCGGAGCAGCAAACUUACGAAUAUGCCAAGACGAUACUCAGUCUCAUGACGCAAGACAAACAUCCCGACGGAAAGGUCCUGAUUAUUGGUGGCGGUAUUGCCAAUUUCACUAACGUAGCGGCUACAUUCAAGGGAAUCGUCAAAGCCCUUUUGCAAUAUCAGACAAAGUUGGUGGAUCAUAAGGUUUCCAUCUUCGUCCGCCGAGCUGGACCCAAUUACCAGGAGGGACUUCGAGUGAUGCGUGAAGUAGGCGCUAAUUUGGGCAUACCUGUGCACGUUUUCGGCCCUGAAACCCACAUGACUGCCGUUGUGGGCAUGGCCCUUGGCAAACGUCCCAUUCCUAGCGCAUCUGUAGUAGAAUUCUCUACAGCCAAUUUCUUGCUGCCAGGCGGUCAGGAAGAUGAGAUGCCUAGAGCACGCGCUGUUUCCCAGGACUCUGGUGUUGGUAACCGCAACUCGUGGGACGAGAAAGAUGGACCACGUGCAACUGCCGCAGCUUCGGCCUCAUCCCUGGCUUUUCUAAAACCAUUGUUUACCUCCGAGACGAAAGCGAUCGUGUGGGGAAUGCAGACACGUGCCGUCCAAUCGAUGUUGGAUUUCGAUUUCGUCUGCCGUCGCAAAGAACCCUCUGUCGCAGCCAUGGUCUAUCCAUUCACUGGCGAUCACAAGCAGAAAUUCUACUGGGGUCAUGGCGAAGUCUUUAUUUCCGUCUACAAGUCGAUGGACGACGCCAUGAAAAAACAUCCAACAGCUGAUGUCAUGGUCAACUUCGCUUCCCUGCGUUCGGCCUAUGAGAGCACGGUUGAAGCUAUGACCUAUCCCCAAAUCCGCACCAUUGCCAUCAUCGCCGAGGGCAUCCCUGAAAACUCUACACGUAAGCUCAACAAGCUGGCGGCAGAGAAACACGUGGCCAUCAUUGGUCCAGCUACAGUUGGUGGUAUUAAACCGGGCUGUUUGAAAAUCGGCAACACUGGUGGCAUGAUGGACAACAUCCUCCACUCUAAGCUCUACCGUCCCGGCAGUGUGGCCUACGUAUCCCGCUCUGGUGGCAUGUCCAACGAGUUGAACAACAUCGUUGCCCAUCACUCGAACGGUGUUUGCGAAGGUGUUGCCAUCGGUGGCGACCGCUACCCUGGUACUACCUUCAUCGAUCACCUUCUUCGCUAUCAAAACGAUCCCGAAGUCAAGAUGUUAGUCUUGUUGGGAGAAGUUGGAGGUGUCGAAGAAUACGACGUUUGCCGAGCCUUGACCGAUGGGAGAAUUAACAAGCCCCUCAUUGCUUGGUGCAUUGGCACGUGCGCUAGCAUGUUCUCAUCCGAAGUCCAAUUUGGUCACGCCGGAGCUUGUGCCAACGCCGAACGUGAAACGGCCCUCUCGAAGAACAAGGCUUUGGCUGAAGUUGGAGCUCACGUACCGCAAAGUUUCGAUGAUUUGGGAGAUGUCAUCAAAAAAGUUUACAAUCAAUUGGUCAGCGACGGAACGAUUGUACCUCGCGAGGAAGUUCCACCGCCCACCGUACCGAUGGAUUAUUCGUGGGCACGCGAACUUGGGCUGAUCCGAAAACCUGCCUCAUUCAUGACCAGCGUCAGCGAUGAACGCGGUCAAGAGCUCCUAUAUGCUGGAAUGCCCAUCAGCGAGGUAUUGAAACAAAACUUGGGCAUCGGCGGAGUCAUUUCUCUGCUGUGGUUCCAGCGCCGUCUUCCCGUCUACGCCUGCAAAUUUAUCGAAAUGUGUUUGAUGGUGACAGCCGAUCACGGACCGGCCGUGUCUGGUGCUCACAACACUAUCGUCUGCGCUAGAGCUGGCAAAGAUCUGGUGUCUUCUCUGGUGUCUGGACUUUUGACCAUUGGUGAUCGUUUUGGUGGCGCUUUGGAUGCUGCAGCCCGUCAAUUCAGCGAAGCUUACGACGCUGGACAACAUCCGAUGGAAUUCGUGAAUACUAUGCGCAAGAAGGGCGAGCUGAUUAUGGGCGUUGGCCAUCGCGUGAAGAGUAUUAACAACCCCGAUAUGCGUGUUACUAUUAUCAAAGAGUUCUUACGCGAACACUUUCCAGCCACGCCUUUGCUCGACUACGCUCUCGAAGUUGAGAAGAUAACCACCAGCAAAAAGCCAAAUUUAAUUCUUAACGUAGACGGUAUUAUCGGCGUGGCUUUCGUCGACCUUCUCCGCAACUCUGGAUGUUUUACUCGGGAGGAGGCGCAAGAGUACAUAGAGAUCGGCACGAUCAACGGCCUCUUCGUCUUGGGUCGCUGCACUGGUUUUAUCGGCCACUAUCUGGAUCAAAGACGACUCAAGCAAGGACUCUAUCGCCAUCCAUGGGACGACAUUUCAUACGUCCUGCCGGAAAAAUACUCUGAAUAAGAGCCCUGCUGUAAACGCCAGUUGAAGAAAGGAGAACGUAGCUGUAUCAAAAAAGCGGAAGAAAGAUAAUCUUCGUAGUUCGAUGUGAUAAUAGAAGAAGAAAAAAAAACGAGCAAAAGAAAAAGGAAGAAAUUUAAACCAAAUAGAAGCUCCGUAGGCAGCUUUUCAAAAAAAAUUCGGUCGAUGUCUACACUGUUGUGAUGCACACUCUUCAGCACCAAGAUUUUGUUCUCAGUUUUGCACUCGUAGAUAGGAGAAGAGGUGGGAAUGCACACAUGCACAACAAGCCACUUGAAAAGGCAAAACAAAAAGAAAAAGGUUUUUUUUUUCAAUUAUUUGAGUGUUUUUUAAAUCGUUGUUUCAUGCUCGGCAAGAGGAGAAAUGAAGGCUCUUCCGGAAAUUUGUCUCGAAAAACGAAACGUCUCUAUUCCGAAAAUAUCAUUCCUCUUUUUUUUUCGAUUCUCGCAUUUUCUGAAAUGCAAAGUGACACUGAUACGUUCCAUCCGUAGAAUCAAAGAUUUUAACAAAUUUAAUCUCGUUUUUUUCCAAUCUAAUACCAUGAUUUUUAUUUCUUUUUUACGGUGUACGGGACAGAGUAAAUGUUUUGAAUUUUUCACUUAAGAGCAUCAUUGGCUAUUUUAAAAAUUGUUGAGCAAUAAACGGUGUUUAAGUGUGA